AUGGCUCCACGGUCCCAGCGACGGAAGCACAAGAAACCCCCCUCAUCGGUGGAACCCAAGGUUGUGACCCCUGUGCCUCUGACCCUCUCAAAACCUGACCCUAGCAUUGAUGCACUUGGCUUCUGCUCUUUGGAGAAAAAUGUUCCUGGUCUAUCCCAGCUGAUCCUUCAAAAGCUGAACAUGAAAAGCUAUGAAGAAUACAAGUUGGUGAUAGAUGGGGGUACCCCUGUAUCAGCCUUUCGAUUUCAUUGUCCUCAAGAAAUGUUCCAGAAGAUGGAGGACACAUUUCGAUUCUGUGCUCAAUGUAGAGCCCUUCCUAGUGAUCUUUCAGACUCCAGAGUCCUCCGAUGCUGCAAGAGGUGCAGAAAUGUCUAUUACUGUGGCCCAGAGUGCCAGAGGUCAGACUGGCCAGCGCACAAAAAGGUCUGUCAAGAGCUGCGUCUUGUGGCUGUGGACCGUCUCAUGGAAUGGCUUCUGGUUACAGGUGAUUUUGUCCUGCCCUCAGGACCUUGGCCACGGUCGGCUGAAGUUGUACAGGGCUGGGACAGCUGGUUUUCUAUGCGGGCAUUACAGCUAGAUGCUACCCUAGAUGCUUUGCUAAGUAGUCCUGCCAUGACCACCCUGUGGGCCAGUGUCAGACAUCCAAGGCCAGCUUCAGAUGUUCUGCGGGACUCUUUGAAACGGCUACUGACAGAUGCCUUGUCACGACCCUUGACAAUGGGUCUGGGACUUCAGGCCUUGGGGAUAGAUGUUGGGAAGGCUGGGGGCAGUACAGUGCAUGUGGUUGGUGCUUCCCACGUGGAAACAUUUCUCACUCGCCCUGGGGACUAUGAUGAGCUUACCUACAUGUUUCCUCGUCACCUUGGCUUCCGCGUGAUCAUGGUUGGUGUAGACGUGGCUACUGGCUUUUCACAGAGCACUUCAUCUUCCCCCCUGGAACCUGGCACAGUUCAGCUUAGCAGCCACAGAGGUCUCUAUCAUGACUUCUGGGAAGAGCAGGUAGAGACUGGACAGACAGCCCAUCCAGAUUUGGUGGUGGGAUUCCAUCCAGGUUUCCAUUCCUCUCCAGACUUGAUGGAGGCUUGGCUGCCCACCUUACUGCUGCUUCGUGAUUAUAAGAUCCCAACACUGUUAACUGUGUACAGCCAUCAGGAGUUGGCAGCCUCUCUGCAGAUUCUGGUGGACCUGGAUACACACAUCACUGCCUAUGGAGCUAACCCUUUCACAUCCCUUAAACCCGAACAAGUCUAUUCCAACCCAAACAAGCAGCCAGUAUACUGCAAUGCCUACUAUAUCAUGUUUCUCGGCGGCUUCUGCCAACUGGAUCAGAGACAACUGGAAGAGAAAGUAGAUGGCAGGGUUUAA